AAUCAAGACUUGCAUCAAUUAUAAUAUUUCAUCUUUGGGUUAGUAAAGUUGAAUAUCAACAGAUUUCUAGAGCUCUUUUUCAAACACAUUGAGAAAUUAAAAUAUCAAUACGAAUAACAAGAAGAUUAUUAUUAUUUAUAAAUGAUAUCAUAAAUUAUUGGACAACAUUAAUAUCAUGCUAUAUAAAUCAUUGUAAUUUAAAAGAAACAAUCAUGUUAAUGGCUUCUAAGGCAUUUUUGGUUUCUUGUUGGGUUACAUUGACAUUAAGUCUCACACUGAUUGACCAGAAAUGUACAUUUAUGUACAUAUUAAUAAUGUAAUGGACUUACUGAUGGAAGAUGAUGAUGAUGAUGAUGAUGAUAAUGAUGAGGUGCAAAGAGAGGAAGAAAAAAUAACACAAAAUAAGAAACGUAAAAAUCAAAGUACAUCUAAACAAAGUUGUUGUUGGUUAUGGACUUAAUUUUCAUAUUUUAUAAUAAUAUUCAUGCCCGAGAAAUGUUGCCAAGGAAACUCAAUGACAAAUAACCCAAAACAAUUGAAUAUGAAUUGAACCGGAGUUUUGUUUUCUUGUACAUUAGUUUGGAUUCACAAGGAGACUCGUUUUUUAACCUUUACCUUUUACCAAUAACCACAUUAGACUUUUAUCGUUGAUCCAAUUGUUGUUUUUUUAAAAUGUUAACCUUUAAUGUCAAUCCUUUAGUUUUCUGGUAAAACAAAGAAAACCGUUGGUUUGACCGAUUAAUCAUGCCUUACCAGUUUCAACUUUUACCGGUUAACAAAGGCUCUUACUCAAUGUUGCUUUAUUUUACUCGCUUGUGAUUUUACUUGGUGCUUCUUGAUUGUUAAUUGUUUUAUUGUUGAUUUUGACCCAACUGUUGACUCAAUUGUCAACUAACUGUUUAAAAAUGAGAUUAAUUUAUAAAUUAAUGUAAAAAGGCGGUUAUUUAUUGAAUCUAUUGCUUUUUACAAUCUCUCAAAGUGUGAGAGAAAGCCAGAGUUGCCAUUUUGGAUUUACUUAAACUCUUUUGGUUACUUUUAACACUACAAUUUGGAUUAAGAUGACCGCCAUAGACAAUUAUGCUGAUUCUUCAUCAGAUAAAGAGCAACUUAAAUCGUCACCAGCUGAAAGUGUCACUGAAUCAUCUCCUGAUUUACCAAUAGAAUUGAAAGCAUCUCCUGUAGCUAGUGAAUUUGAUGCUAUCAAUGUUGUUGUACGUGUCCGUCCUAUUCAUGGAAAUCGAGGUUCAGAGAAAAAUCGAGAUACUUCAUUAUUCCCUGCUGCUGGACAGAUUCAGGUUAAUGAUCCAAUAUCAAACACAACUCGAUCAUUUACAUUCAAUGUUGUCUUUGAGCCUGAAGCAACUCAGGAGGAAAUUUUUGAACAUUCAGGAGUUAAAAGGUUGAUUGACAUGGCCUUAGAAGGGUUUGCUUGUACAAUAUUUGCUUAUGGUCAAACUGGUUCAGGGAAAACCUUUACACUUUGUGGUAAUUAUUAUGAGGAUUUCAGUGACGAGAAGAACAUCGGUGAAAAGAAAAUUCUUGGCAUAAUUCAAUUGAGCUUCGCAUAUCUUUUUGAGCAAAUCAAAUUAAAAAAGGAUCGAGGAGUUUAUUACGUUGUUACAGCUUCAUAUUUAGAGGUGUACAAUGAACAGGUUUUAGAUUUAUUGAAUCCAUCGACAAAAAGCCUCAAUGUUCGUUGGUCCAAAGACAGAGGAUUUUAUGCCGAAAACCUUUUUAAAGUUGAAUGUGAAGAUAUUGGCGAUCUUGAAGGUGUCUUGGAGGAAGGAACCAAAAAUCGUCAAGUUCGAUCCCACAUGAUGAACGAGAAAUCAAGUCGAAGUCAUUCCUUAUUGACCAUUUCAUUGGCAUCCGAAACUCAAGACCCGGAAGAUCCACAGGGUUAUAUCCGAAGAGAGGGUCGACUGUGUCUGGUUGAUCUUGCUGGUUCAGAGAAGACUAAGCGUACUCAGAGUAAAGGCGAUACUCUGGUUGAGGCCAACAAUAUUAAUCGAUCCUUACUCGUCCUCGGCAAUUGUAUUUCAGCUUUGGCAUCGCCUAAACGCAGAGCGGGACACAUUCCCUACAGGGAUAGCACAUUAACUAAAUUACUGGCUGAUAGUCUAUCUGGAAGUGGAAUGACAUUAAUGGUUGCCUGUGUUUCCUCGUCACCUGAAGAUGCCUCAGAGACAAUAAACACUUUGAGAUAUGCGGCCCGAGCCAAGAAAGUGAAAACCAACCCAAUUGUCCGAAUGGAUCCCCGAGAACUGUUGAUAUUGUCCCUGAAACGAGAAGUUAGAUUGCUCAGAAUGGAAAAUAUCUACCUUAGACAACAGAUGCAGUUUGAUGGUGGGCCACUUGGCUUAAGGAAAAUUGAUAAACCAACGAGUCCAUUAAGGGGUAUCGCGGUGAUUGGCAAUAUGGUCAAAAAUGGCCUUCGAAAGACAAGAUUCAAAUGGAGGAAACGUUAAUGACAAUCCUAAAGUGAAUAUUUAUUGAAAUUGAAGGAGGAUUCAGACAAGAUUCAAUACUGAGUUAACCAGAUUUUUUUGGUUCUUUCUUUAUCUUCACUUUCACCAUCUAUUCUCGUUAACACUCACGCUACUAUACACGCUUACAUACACACACUAUCACACUUUCAUUUACUCGGUUGGAUGAAAUUCAAGAAAAGAUGAGAAUCAGUUGACAGAAAGGCACAUUUUUCCACUGAUUCAAAUGAGAUAUUAAAGUGUGCUAUUUUUUAAUAACCAAAAAUUAUAUAAAUAUUACAAAAAUGUAAUCUUUAUGUACAUUGGUUCAGCUAAAGUAUAUUAAUAUUUAAUACAAUGUCUAUGAGCGUAGGUUGAUCUAGUUUUGUUGAUAUAUUUUUUGAUUAAAAAAAUCUAUAUUUUUCUCGUUGAUCACCAAGAAAUAUGAAAUGUUUAACUUUAUAAAUCAUUGAGAUUUGAAAUUUUAUUUUUAUUUUAUGAGUGACAAAAUUACCUCAAUAAUCACACAGAGUUACUGAUUGUGUAAAAUUUGUGCAUUUCAGGCCUACGCACAACUCAAGAGUCGAGUGAAUUAAGCAAAUUUAUGAUGUAAGUUAACCUAAUCAUUGUUGGCAAUCAAAAUAAUUUAAUUGUAUUUUUCUCAUCUUUUCAUCACAAUUUCAUUCAACCUUGGAACAUAAUUCAGUGAUGAAUUUAAUUUAUUGAUCAGCAAAGGGAAAAUGUUUUUCCUUUGCUCCACAUUCAAUCAUUUUAUUUUUGAUAUGCUUUCAGCUUGAAACAGCUUUCAGACUGAAAUGGGAAACCAAUGAUUCUGGGUCACAGAAUCUCAGACAUUCAGAAUCUUUUGGUGACUCAAGAAGACGAUUGGUUGCAAGCAAAAAUUAGCUUAAUGUAAAUUACGCACAUUCAACUUUUAAUCAAUAAUGAAGCAAACCCAAAU